AUGCCACCAGUUGUUCCAAGCGUUACUCAACAAAAUAUGGGAAGAACUGUAACUAUUGAAGACAUGAAUCGUCUUGUAAUGAAUUGGCUUUCUCAGCAUGGGUAUUCUAGAACAGAAGCCAUACUAAGGCUAGAAUCAGCAAGAGGACCGGAAGCAUUAAAUUCAGCUAAAAAUUCCUUAGAUUGGCUCAGUGGUACUGCUGAAACAUAUUUCCAAUCAUAUAUGUUAUUAAGAGAUUGGAUUGAUAGCUCAUUGGAAUUAUAUAGACCAGAAUUAAGACGUGUUUUAUUUCCUAUAUUUAUACAUUCAUAUCUUGAUUUGAUUUCUAAAAAUCAAACAAAUUCAGCAAAACAAUUCUUUACUACAUACUCAUCUGAACAUGAAGUUCUUCAUGGAUAUGAUAUUCGUCAAAUGUCGUCUAUUACUUUACCAGAACAUAUUGAAGAAAACGAACUUGUAAAACUUUAUCGUCAGAAUAAAUAUAAAAUAACAAUGUGGAGAACAGCAUUCGAUUUAAUGUUACAUUUUCUUUUUGAAAACGAAUCUAAUGGUGGUGCAAUCAUAAUGAGAUUAUUAAAUCAACAUGUUGAAACAAAAAUUGUCACAGGAAGACCUGACCAAUUUAUAAACAAUACGAUUACAAAUGAUGAAGGAAUUUCUGGAUAUGAUGUAUAUCAUUUAGAUAGUUUUAAUAAACAACCAGUGAAAUUAGGUGAAAUGCCAUUAGAUACGGAUUUAAAAAACGAUAUAGAAAUGGAGCUUGCUAUUCUUGAUAGCAAAAAUGAAAAAAAAAAUCAUGAAAGAGGUGAAAAAUCUCUUCUUGAAGAGUUUAGAAACAAAAAAGAAACAUCAGAUGAUUCUCCUAUGAAAAAUUCUAUUCCUUUGCCUGCAUCUAAAGCCAUAGAUGUCGAAAAAGAAAUCGAAGUAAUUAAAGAUUUAAGAAAACGCCUUAUACUAGGUCCUCAAGCAUCAUUGCCUAGUGUUUGUAUGUAUACUUUUCAUAAUACACACGAUAGUACAAACAAUCGUAGUCUUAACUGUGCUGAUAUUUCUGAAAAUGCAUCAUUAAUAGCAUGUGGGUUUUCUGAAAGUUAUAUUAGAGUCUGGAAUACAACUAUAAAUAAAACCAUUAAUACAGACUCUUCAUCCAACGAUUCAGGUCCUGUUUAUGGGGUUACAUUUAGCAAUGAUAGCAGAUUUAUUUUAUCAUGUUCCGAAGAUCGAUCUUGCCGACUAUGGUCUUUAGAUACUGGUACUUGUCUUGUUGCAUAUAAAGGACAUAAUCAACCAGUAUGGGAUAUCGCAAUAGGUCCAUUCGGACAUUAUUUUGCUACUGCUUCUCAUGACCAAACUGCACGUUUAUGGAGCUGUGAACAUAUGUAUCCUCUUAGGAUUUUUGCAGGACACCUUAGUGAUGUAGAUUGUGUUUCAUUUCAUCCUAAUUCAGCAUACGUUGCAACAGGCUCUAGUGAUAAAACAUGUAGAUUAUGGGAUGUUCAAAAAGGAAAUGCUGUAAGAGUAUUUACAGGCCAUUCUGGACCUAUAAAUUGUGUGACAAUAUCUCCAGAUGGAAAGUUGCUUGCAACUGCUGGUGAUGAUGCACUUAUAAAUAUUUAUGAUAUUGGGUCAGGUAGACAAUUAAAAAGUAUGAGAGGCCAUACACGAAAAUCUAUUUAUUCUCUUUCUUUUUCAAAAGAGAGUUCAGUACUUGUUAGUGGAGGAUCAGACUGUACAGUAAGAGUCUGGGAUGUCAAACGUGAUGCAUCUAAUAAUGAAAAUAUCUCUGAAAUAUCAGAAGGAUAUAAUAUAGAAACUGCAAAUGACACGUUAGUUAAAAUAACUGCAUCUACCACAAAAGACAAAAAAGAAAAUAUAGAAACAUUAGAUCAUAUGACUGCUUUAUAUACAUGUAAAACACCUGUUUAUAAAGUUCAAUUUACAAGAAGAAAUCUAUGUUUAGCGCUUUCAGUUAGUGGCGUAUCAUAA